GUUGUUCCGGACCCUCAAGUUAUGCUGCAGCUCUUGUUCCAUCGCGUUGUUGGUGUUGCUUCAGCUGAAAUGCUUGUUGUUGUGCUGUUGGCGGGCCGAUAGGACAGUCGUGCCGGCUGCCGGUCGUGUUCGCGUUUGCGAAGGGAAACCCGGGGGAAGCCGAGGAAAAUCACGGGAAAAACCUCAGGGGAAUUACGGUGCUUGUGAGCGUGGUAUUGAGCGGAGUCAGCGCCAGCAGGACUGGAAUAGUGUCAGGCAAGCGAUCAGGUUCAUCCGGGUAAUGAUUCCUGCUUGAAACAAUAGAGUACCACGCCGACACCUCAUCCGUACCAGACGGGAAAGGAAAAUAAUAAUCAUGGUGUCCUCAGCAACUGCACUAGAGCAAGCUGCUCUCAAGAACGGCCUGUCCUUAAAGAAAAUGCCUACCGGCGAGAGUGAUAUCUCGCUAAAAAAUGGUACAAUGACGGAUGAGAGUUCGCAGAAUUCGAUCACUUCGGAUAAAGCUCAAAACGGCACCAAUGGUGAUCAUAAAAAACCUGAAUCUGUCGUCAUCGAGGACGACGACGAAGAUCUCGAGGUUCAAGAGUUUUCGGAACCCGAGGAAUUGAUAAUCGACGAAGACGAGCCGGACGAAGACGAUACGGCUGACGAAGAAGUCAAGGAGGAACCUAUGGAGAUAGACGAAACUAAGGAUCCGAAGGAGGAAUCGAAGGUAACGUUUCGCGAACACCAGAUCACUCCACCGGAAUCGAUCAAGGUGGAAUCGCCCGAAUGUUCGGCUUCAACUUCGAAAGUCGAACCCGCUGGUGCUGCCGUGGGUGAGAAGGCAAACGAGAAAAGCCAGGAGAACGACGAGAACCUGCCGAACAUACCAUACGUAAAAGAUGUCCGGAAACUUGAUAAAGGCCUUCCUAAGUUCAUGAAACGUCGAGUGAAGAUCGGUCGAUGGACGCCGUGCGAAAUGCCGAAGGGCUCGGGCGAAUUCAAAAUGCGUGACACCGAGGCGCUCGUCGACGUUCCCUCAAUGACGUUCCCAUUACUGAUCAAAGAGAAGGACACGUUUGCGAGACGAAUGAAAGAUGGAAAGAUUCUUCCCGCUAAGCCGAGGAAGGCCCCCGUGCCCCCGCAGGGCCAGUUUAAAAUCGGUCAGACUUCCGUCGUCGACUUUUUUGCAAGUUCUGCUGGUGAGUUCCUCAUGGAGCUCGGUCUCGAUCGCGUUCAAGAAGCUUACAACAAAGAUCAGAUCAAACAAAAAGAACGGGAAAUGAGAAGACACGGUAAGUCUGCCGAAUUACUGGAAACUGCCAAAAAGCACGCCGAGGCAUUUCAGUCGUACAAAGCGAAGAACGCCGCCUUUCACCAUAAAAUGAAACGCUGUCAAACGUGCGAUUUCAAAACGGAGUCUCAACUGGUUCUCGAGGGCCAUCUGUUGACGCCACACUUCACUCAGCGACGUGAACUACAGUGUUCGUUCUGCCCGUUCAUAACGCGGGACGCGAAGGCUAUCAUAUUUCACAUGGAGGCACAUCACAACAAGGUUCCGGUCAUGGAGCCCCCACCUCAAUUCUACGAGUGCCCCUUCUGUCCAUUCGAAACAAACGUCAAGAAUAAGGCUAGCACACACGUCAAUCGUUGUCAGAGAUACUUCAAUAAUAGCGUGAAUCAGAGUCCGGGCAACGAUUUCCAAGCGCCGGGAAUGACGUCGAAACCAAUCACAAACGACGACAUCAAAAUGUACGAGAAGUUCUUCAUCGCUCUGACCCAGGCGAAGAACCAGGCGGCUGCCCAUGCGGUUCAGGCCGCGAAUACAGCUCAACAGCGUCAGAUGAUGAUGAACGCUGCAGCUAGCCGUGGCCAGUCGAAUAUUCGCGGACAGUCGAACGCUCUCUACCAACAACUGCAGACGCUUGCGGCAGCCACAGCUGCUAACCGAGCCGCUCAAGCAGCCGUCGGUCGAGGAACUAACAGGAACAAUUCUCAAGCAAAUCUUAUCCAACAAGCGCAAGCCCUCGCAGGAGCUGCAAGUCUACUCAACGGGAACAACGGUCUCUCGGUGACAGCGCUAAAUGCUCAAAACCGGGCAACGGCCUCCGCAAGUCUUGCGCGAAUUCCGCAACCGGAUACGGGUUUGGCUACUAGCAGCAGUGGGGCUCCGGCGAACGGCAGCAGCAGCAGUUCGGCGGGUCUUUCCGAAGGUCGUGCGCCGAAAGAUCUCUAUGUCGAUGAGCACGACUACAAAUACAAGUUCAAACAAUACUGUCCCGACGGUUCAUCGCGCUGGUGUUGUACAAAUCGAAAGUGCAGGGCAGCGUUCGUCAUCCCACGAGGAGAGACGAAACCCCGUUUCCCCGUGGGUCCGGACGCCCAUAACCACAAGGCCUACAAGGUGGCCGAGCCGAUGGACCCGGGAUCUCACGCCGCUGCGCAAUUGGCAGCGCAAGGAGUCAACAUUCAGGCGUUGGCGGCGCUUACCAACGGCGGAACGAAUCCUCAUUCUUUGCUGACCGCCUUGACGGCCACAGCGCGGGGCGGUGGUCCUCAGAGCCAACAGGCCCAGGCGGUCCUCGCCGCAUUAGGAAAUAAAGACGCCGCUGCGAAACUUGCCCAAGUCGCGGCCGCGGCCACCGCUGUCGCGAACAACCCCGCCGCCGCUGCUGCCGCCGCUGCUGCUGUCGUAGGAGCCGCCGGCCAGAUCGCACCCCCUUCAUCCUCGAAGCCAACCUCGGGCGCCGACUUAGCAGAUGGUGUUUUACCGGAUAAGGGCGAACUCAUGCCAGGGGUUCCUACAAGACUUUCGGCGCCCGGAACAGGUCGCGCUCCAUACAUACUCGAAAGUUCAGGUCAGGGUGGGGCGAACUCCCAGGGAGGCGCGGGAGCGUUCGUCAUCUGUGAGAUUUGCGACGGAUACAUCAAGGAUCUCGACGAACUUCGCAGUCAUAUGCACUGGAUCCACAAAGUUAAGAUACAUCCAAAGAUGCUGGCAAGCAGACCUCCGUUGAAUUGCCAGAAAUGCAAAUGGCGCUUCUUCACGGACCAGGGUCUCGAACGACAUCUUCUAGGAGCCCACGGACUCGUAACCUCGAACAUGCAGGAGUUGGCUCAGAACGGUCAGGACGGAGGUCGGUGCACGGUUUGCGGACGCAUAUACGCGAGCAAACUCGUUGCUCACAUGAGCCAAGUGCAUAGAGUGGCGGUGAAACCUGCCAGUCUCUCUUACAAGUGCACGGUGUGCACCGCCGUUUUUAAUCUGUACAAGCUUUUUGAAUCGCACGUAUAUUCGGUACAUUCGGGCGCGAUGAAACGCGGAUCUUCUUCGGACCAGAGCGCUGCAAAGCGCAAGAAAGAGGAUCGCAAAGACGAAACAGCGACGGCCGCGAGCGGAGGAAGUUCGAAACCUCGAGAGGAGACGAACUAUCCAAAAACGUGCGCCCUUUGCGAUAACCUGAAAGUUGACGACUGGUGUCAACAUCUGGCCGAGAGUCACAUGCCGAAGAGCGUCAAGGUCGGAGUCUGUCGGAUUGAGAAAUGCAGUUCCUGUCUGAACAACUUUGAUGGAAUGGUUGUCAUGAACUCAGAUCUAGGAGAGAGCUCGUCCUCGGAGGAUGAUGAAGAUUGA